AUGUCGUUGAAACAGGAAAUCGAGACGUGGGUCGCGGCCCUCGGCCGCUACGACAACAAUGAAUUCGACGACGCGCUUGGCGAAUUCGACAAGAUCUCCGAUACGAGCAAGAUUCUGUUCAACAUGGGCGUCAUCCACGCGACGCUUGGCGAGCAUGAGAAAGCUGUGGAAUGUUAUCAACGAGCCAUCCGACUUGACCAGUAUCUUGCCGUUGCGUACUUUCAGCAGGGAGUUUCCAACUUUCUUCUCGGCGACUUCGAGGAGGCACUCGCCAACUUCAACGACACCCUACUGUACCUUCGGGGCAACACCAUGAUCGACUACGCGCAGCUCGGCCUCUUGUUCAAGCUGUAUUCAUGCGAAGUGCUCUUCAACCGUGGGCUGUGCUACAUUUACCUGCAGCAAAGGGACGUCGGCAUGCAGGACUUAUCGUAUGCCGUCAAAGAAAAGGUGGUUGAGGACCACGACGUGAUUGACGAGGCGAUUCGUGAGGAAGCAGAGGGAUACACCGUCUUCUCGAUCCCAGUAGGCGUGGUGUAUCGACCCAACGAAGCCAAGGUGCGGAACCUGAAGACAAAGGACUAUCUCGGCAAGGCAAGGCUGGUCGCGGCAUCGGAUCGUUCCAACGCCUUUACCGGCUUUGCGGGAUCCGAGAUCAAGAACGCGGGCAAGAGCGAGGUCAAGGACGACAGGCCUGCCGACAACAUUUCGUUCGCUGCGACCAACCUUGUGAAGCCUGGUAUUCAGUCCCGAAGACAACAAUCGGAACCACCCACAAAUCGCAACGUUUUCCCUCCCACACCGCCGCCUGAGAAUGAUCGACCGAGCAGGGGCGCGUCUGUACGGAACGGGCCGAAGCCGAUGCCCGCCAAGCUUAGCAUCCCCUCGCAGGAAUCUGGCCGCAGGUACGAAAAGGCGCCGUCCCCAGAAGACGGCAGGGCUCGGCCUGGACGGUCGGCAUCGGCUGCCCCAGGACGCGGCUACUCGCAGCGAGACCCGGUGCAGGCGCCGGCGCCCCUCCAAAGAAGCUCUCCACUUGCACGAAGACCAACGAGAACAAUCGACGAGGAAGAAGCAUAUCCGGGCGAGCUGUACGACAUGUACCAGACCGGUGGCGGCUCCCGCAACUCCAGAGGAAGCAGAAGGUCGAAUCGGAGACAACAGCAGCGGUACAUUGAAGAGGAGGAUGAAGGGUCGGAUUAUGAUGACGGAUCGCUGGACGAGCCCGAGUUCGAGAUGAUCUCCAGCAACCGCCGCGUCCCGGGCUCAUCGUCCGGAUCCCGUGCUGCAUCUCGACGCCCGGAAAUUCGGAAAGUUCGGGUCAAGGCACACUCUGACGAUGUCCGGUACAUCAUGAUUGGCACCGCCAUUGAAUUCCCCGACCUCGUGGACCGUGUGCGUGAUAAGUUUGGCUUGCGACGAAGGUUCAAGAUCAAGAUCAAGGAUGAGGACAUGCCGGAGGGCGACAUGAUCACAAUGGGAGACCAAGACGACCUGGAGAUGGCCGUGCAGAGCGCAAUCAGCGCCGCCAAGAGGCAACGAUUGGACGUGGCCAAGAUGGAGAUUUGGAUUUUCGAAGUUUAG